GCGGCCGGGGGCUGUCCCCUCCUCGGCUUCCGUAGAGGAAGUCGCGCGAACCUGUCUCUGGGAUUUCUGCGCCCCCCCUUCCCCUUCCCCUUCCCGGGGUCCGGGGGUGACAUUGCACCGCGCCCCUCGCGGGGUCGCGUCGUCCCGCACGCGGACCCCCUGCGGCGCCCCGCGUUCGAGCCCCGGCCGGCCCUGCGCCCCGCCCCCAGCCGCCAGCCAUGGGGGCCGCGGUGUUUUUCGGCUGCACUUUUGUCGCGUUCGGCCCGGCCUUUGCGCUUUUCCUGAUCACGGUGGCCGGGGACCCGCUUCGUGUCAUCAUCCUGGUCGCGGGGGCAUUUUUCUGGCUGGUCUCCCUGCUCCUGGCCUCUGUGGUCUGGUUCAUCUUGGUGCAUGUGACCGACCGGUCCGAUGCCCGGCUCCAGUAUGGCCUCCUGAUCUUUGGUGCUGCGGUCUCUGUCCUUCUGCAGGAGGCUUUCCGCUUUGCCUACUACAAGCUGCUUAAGAAGGCAGAUGAGGGGUUAGCAUCGCUGAGUGAGGACGGAAGAUCACCCAUUUCCAUCCGCCAGAUGGCCUAUGUUUCUGGUCUUUCCUUCGGUAUCAUCAGUGGUGUCUUCUCUGUUAUCAAUAUUUUGGCUGAUGCACUUGGGCCAGGUGUGGUUGGGAUCCAUGGAGACUCACCCUAUUACUUCCUGACUUCAGCCUUUCUGACCGCAGCCAUCAUCCUGCUCCACACCUUUUGGGGAGUUGUGUUCUUUGAUGCCUGCGAGAGGAGACGGUACUGGGCGCUGGGCCUGGUGGUUGGGAGUCAUCUACUGACUUCAGGACUGACGUUCCUGAACCCCUGGUACGAGGCCAGCCUGCUGCCCAUCUACGCGGUCACUGUCUCCAUGGGCCUCUGGGCCUUCAUCACAGCCGGGGGCUCCCUCCGAAGUGUCCAGCGCAGCCUCUCGUGCCGACGGCAGGAAGACAGUCGGGUGAUGGUGUAUUCUGCCCUGCGCAUCCCACCCGAGGACUGAGGGAACCGGGGGGGCCCCUGGGCCUGGGGACCCUCCUGAUCUCCUCGCCCUGUAUUUCUCCAUCUCCAGUUCUGGACAGUGCAGGUUGCCAAAAUGGGCCUAGCCUGGCCUUGCCAGGGGAGGAAGUGGACAGGCCCAGGGUGGAGCACUGAGGCCCAGCAGCCCGCCCGACUGCAUAGCUUGAUCUUUUUCUCAGGUCCGAGCAGAACUGGUUCUGGGGUGACAGAGACCCCAAAUUGCCUUUUUUUUUUGAGUGGGCAGCAGGAGGUGGCACUC